AUGGACCUGGCAGGACGUAGCUCACAAAAUCAAAUUUACCGACAAACCCAUAUCUCACUCGCUGAUCCGUUUCGAGUCAAGCGAGUUGGACAAUGGGAAGAAGUUCAGAGAAAAAUUUUAAAUCCAGCGAUUGCUUGUAGGCAUUAUGCGGUACAUGGGUGA